AUGCAACCAACAACCAACUCUCAAUCAACCUUCAACCCCAUCUCAGUAAUCGUUCCAAACGGUGCUAUCAAGGGACCCACCGGUGAUCCAAACGAUGGCAAUGGUUCAACUCAAUGUGUGAUAAUGACAGUUGCUAAAGAUAAUACUAAUUAUUUUAAAAAUCGGUUUAAAUAG